AGGUGACAAAGGGGUGUCAGAGGGAGGGUGGCCUUUUCCGAGACCGCCUCCCCUGGGUGCUCUACAGCUAAAAAGGAACUGCUUCCUACCCACCCGGCUUUCUUCAGUUCCUGUCUGGUCCUCUUCCUCUUUCUCACUAAAUCCAGCCAUAGAGGACAACACCUGUAACAGCCCCUCUGACACCUGGCUACAACCCUGGGCUACUGUAAGUGUGGACCUCCGUGCAGAAGAGCGAGCAUCAUGGUGGCUUUCAAAGGGGUCUGGACUCAAGCUUUCUGGAAGGCGGUCACCGCGGAAUUUCUGGCCAUGCUCAUCUUUGUUCUGCUCAGCCUGGGGUCCACCAUCAACUGGGGUGGAGCAGAAAACCCCUUGCCCGUUGACAUGGUCCUCAUCUCUCUCUGCUUCGGACUCAGCAUUGCCACUAUGGUGCAGUGCUUUGGACACAUCAGUGGCGGCCACAUCAACCCCGCUGUGACAGUGGCCAUGGUGUGCACGCGCAAGAUCAGCAUCGCCAAGUCUGUUUUCUACAUCGUUGCACAGUGUCUAGGGGCCAUCAUCGGGGCUGGCAUCCUCUACCUGGUCACACCUCCCAGCGUGGUGGGAGGCUUGGGAGUCACUACGGUUCAUGGAAAUCUUACAGCUGGCCACGGUCUCCUGGUAGAGCUGAUAAUCACAUUUCAGUUGGUGUUUACUAUUUUUGCCAGCUGUGAUUCCAAACGGACUGAUGUCACUGGUUCAAUAGCUUUAGCAAUUGGAUUUUCUGUUGCAAUUGGACAUUUGUUUGCAAUCAAUUAUACUGGGGCCAGCAUGAAUCCAGCUCGAUCCUUUGGACCUGCAGUUAUCAUGGGAAACUGGGAAAACCACUGGAUAUAUUGGGUUGGGCCUAUUAUAGGCGCGGUCCUCGCAGGUGCCCUCUACGAGUAUGUCUUCUGUCCAGACGUGGAACUCAAACGUCGUCUCAAGGAAGCGUUCAGCAAAGCUGCCCAGCAGACUAAAGGGAGCUACAUGGAGGUGGAGGACAACAGGAGCCAAGUGGAGACCGAGGACUUGAUUCUGAAACCUGGGGUGGUGCAUGUGAUUGACAUUGACCGUGGAGACGAGAAGAAGGGGAAGGACCCGUCUGGAGAGGUACUGUCUUCAGUAUGACUAGAGGAUAGCACUGAAAGCAGGAGAGAGUCCUUACAACUGUCCUCAGAUUUCCUCCCGCCCAUUAAGGAAACGGAUCUGUUAUAACUUAGACAGGUGCAGGUUUGUUGCUUCACAUCUUAUUACUCAGUCUAAACAACAUGCAUUUCACUUUUUACCAAGGAGAAAGGAAGAAAUUGAUUGUGAACUCAAAAUUUCAAAACAGAAUUCUUUUUAAAGUAUCCCAAAGCCAACAUGCAUCCAGUUUAUCUAGUUGCCGUUAACAACCAAUUGAAAAUAUGUAUCAAGAUUUAGUUAAGUCUUGGCUUCCAGAACAUAUAGACUCACCAGCCACCCAAUACCUCCUCUGUGAGGAAAUUCGUAUUGCCCAGGCUCAUUUGAAUAUUUACUUCAUUGAAUUACUUUAACAAUGGCAAAUGCAUUAUGCCACAGUGUCACGCAUAUUCAAAAGAAGAAAUGUAAUGAGUUCUUCCAGGGUAAUCCCUUAUUUAAAAACUACCUCGGCAAUAAAAAUACAUUAGCAGGGGUCAUUGGUAAUCCGCUAUUUGUAUUUAUAUUGCAAACACCUGACUGUCAAACCCCAUUGCCAAUCCAUUAUAAUCCUUCUUCUCCUCAAAAUCCAAGAUACUGUGGGGCUAAAGCCCAGAUAUUUGGUAAGAAUAUUCAUUUAUGUACAUGUGUGAGCUCCAUCUAAUGAAACACCCAAGUCAUAAGGAACAUCUAGUGAGAUUCUGGACAGACCUGUGAAAUCUUAUGGGCGGAUAGGUUACCAUUAUACAAAAAGAUCAGAAGGAAAGCGGAAAUCUGUGUGCUGUACCAGAUGAUUGACCUGUUUUCAGUGCACGCUCUCAGCUGUACCACACAAGAUUAACCACCUAAGCUUUUAACCACUUGGCUUACUUUGUAAGAUAUAUUGUCAAAACUGGGGAGUUUGUUUGUAAUGUUGGCUGCCUAUAUUUAAACACUUCAGAUAUUUGACAAGAACUUGACUAGUAGAAUCCUGCUUUUCUGUUGGUUUCUAAGUCCUGCUCACUCUAGAAGGUGUGAACUGGUUCUCCACAUCCCAACCUCUGGUGCUGUUUCACUUCCCAUGAUAUCUGUUGAUAAUCUUCCCUGCAAGUGUAAUAAUACCAGAGUGAAUUAAAAUGCGUGGCAGACAAGGCGCACGGCUGCAGGAUGAAAGGGCCAGGGCAUCUACUCUGUUUAAGGCUGACUGACGACCAAUCCUUCAUUUGCUGAGGUACUGUACAUAGCUCGAUAUGUUUUUAUUUUCCUUACUGACUGGUUUACUUGUUAAAACCAUUUGUUUCUCCUGCACCUGCUGUGCCUUCUGUCCGUGGACUCUUUCAUGGAAACCCCAGUUUCUGUCAUCUUAACAGUCUAGUCUAGCGUUUAUCUUAGACAAAUGCUACAAAUGUCAGUUUCACAGAAGUUUGUAGGGAGAGCAAAGACUCAUCAGUGAGGAGUGGCUUGUAAAUAGCUGAUAAUCGAGGGCUUUCUUCUCCCAAGCACAUUUCCAACUGUGUGUGACUUUUUAUUGUUCAUGGCAGCUCUGUGUCUGUGGCUAUGAGAUAAUGGACCACUGUCAAACCUGAUUCUCUUCGGUGCUAGGAAAGAGUGAUGUGUUUAAGUUCUCAGACAAGCCGUCAGGCCAGUGUGUGCCUCGGAGUGCCAGCAGUAUGUUUUAUGGCAGAUGCUGGAAACAUAGGGCUCAAUUUCAGGGGUGCAGCCUUCAAAUACACUAUGCCAGAGAUACAAGGUUACUUCCGGACUGGGUGCCACCCACAGAACUAGGGUGUAAACCUCCUCCCAAGGAUGGUUUGUGAGCAUUAUUUCAAAUGUUUGCACAGUAUACCACUACAGGCUGAAGAUCAGGGUGGUUCAGUUCACAAGGUAAUAUCAACCAUCAACAAACAU